CGCCCACAAUAAAUCCAAGCGAAAAAAGAAAAUCAUUUUCCUUUUCUUCCCAAGUCGUCCUCUUCUUCUCGCAGCUUCGCCGUCUCGCACCACGGAGAGAAGGAGGCCUCGCCGCGAAGCUCGCCAUGAUCUCGUCGGAGAGGAGCCCGUCCCAGAGCCCGCGGUCAGCGCCGGCGGCGGCGGGGGCGCCGUUCCUGUCGAUAUCCGUCACGGAUCCCGUCAAGAUGGGCGCCGGCGUCCAGGCCUACAUCUCCUACCGCGUCAUCACCAAGACGAACCUGCCUGAAUUCGAGGGGCCAGAGAAAAUUGUUAUUCGACGCUAUAGUGAUUUUGAGUGGUUGCAUGAUCGACUUGCUGAGAAGUACAAAGGCAUUUUUAUUCCUCCCCUUCCAGAGAAGAAUGCUGUUGAGAAGUUCCGGUUUAGCAAAGAGUUCAUUGAAUUGCGUCGUCAAGCUCUGGACUUGUUCAUUAACAGAAUAGCUUCACACCCUGAACUCAACCAAAGUGAAGACUUGAGGACAUUUUUGCAGGCAGAUGAAGAGAGAAUGGAUAGAGCAAGGUCUUAUGAGACUGGUAUUUUUAAGAAGCCUUCAGAUUUCAUACAGAUGUUUAAGGAUGUGCAGUCAAAAGUCAGUGAUGUUGUUCUGGGAAAAGAAAAGCCUGUGGAGGAAUCUACUCCUGAAUAUGAGAAGCUUAAAAAUUACAUAUUUGAGCUAGAAAAUCAUUUAGCAGAGGCACAGAAACAAGCAUUCCGUCUUGUGAAAAGACACCGAGAACUUGGGCAAUCUCUGGCGGACUUUGGGAAGGCGAUUAAGCUUUUGGGUGCUUGUGAAGGAGAUUUGAUGGAAAAGGUGUUUUCUGAAGUUGGUUCUAAGUCUGAGAUGUUGUCAAUAAAGCUGCAAAGAGAGGCAGAAAACCUUCUCUUUAACUUCGAAGAACCUUUGAAAGAUUAUGUGCGUGCGGUGCAAUCAAUAAAAGCAACCAUGGUGGAUCGAGCCAAUGCUUUCAGGCAGCACUUUGAUUUGGAUCAGGAGAGGAAGUAUAAAGAGCUUAACCUUGAAAAGUUGAAGUUCAUGAACCCUGAGAAGUAUUCGGAAGCAGAGAUGGAGUUCAGAGAGUUGAAAGCAGGCAGUGAGGAGGCCACAAAGAGGUUCGAACACAUAGUUAGACUAAUGAAUGAAGAGCUUGCACGUUUCCAAGAGCAGAAAACAGCUGAUAUCGGGCUUGCAUUCCAUGAAUUUGCAAAAGGUCAGGCUAAGCUCGCUAAAGAUAUUGCUGAUGCAUGGCGCAGCGUCCUCCCAAAGCUUGAAGCUUGUUCAACAUCAUAAAUGUGAUUUGUGUUCCCUCGUGAUGUUAGUAGUUGGCACUUGGCGAUUUUUUGGCUGUUUUUCAGUCUAUUUUGACACUGAUUCCUGUAUACUUGUGAUGUUUGGAAAUGCUACAGUUGGUAGAUUCAGUCGACAUCAUUUCUUACUGCACGAGCAUGUAUAAGUAUAAAUUUCUUUUCCUUGAUCAA